AUGGCAGAGAAGGAAGCUGCAAGCGGGAAAGAUGAAUCGCUGAAGUUAGCGGUGGCUAUAUCGCUGCUUCGAUCAAAGAUUCUUAAAAACGCAAACGAGUCCAGUGCGCUAUCUCCUUCUCAAUCUGAUGCUCUCCUCCGUUGGAAGCGAAAGGCAAAGGAAAGGAAGCAAGAGAUACUGAGACUCAGAGAAGAUCUCAAGGACGCUCAAGAUGCUUCGCACUGCGAUCUCUUCCCAGAGAGUGCUGCUUGCAAGUGCUAUUUCUUCGACAAUUUCGGAGAAUUAAAUCCUAAGCAUCAUGGAACUGGUUGUGACAACAGAUUCAGCGAUGUCCUCCAACGCAGAUUCCUAAGACAAGUUCGAUUUAAGGAAAGGAGGAGAAUAAUAGAUUCUUCUGCUUCCUCUUCAGGUCAGCAGCGGCUUUCUUUAGGUUUAAUCAAGGAGGAUGAAACAGAACAGCUUAGGGCCUCUGUUGAUUUUCUUGUGGAGCUGUGUAGUUCUCCAUCACCUGUGGAUGGUUCCAAGUUUGCAAAUUUUGCCCAUCAAGCUGUAGAUUUUAUAUUAGCUACCAUUAACACUACUCCAGGGAAGCUAAAAAGGGGCCAGGUGGCUUGUGAGAAGUUGAAAUCGGUGGUAAGUGGAUGUUGUGGUCAGUCUGAACGGUUGAGUGAGGGGAGAGCAAGGGCAGCUGUACAAGAAGAGGGUGCAACAGUAGUGGUGUGGGUGGGUCACCGUGGUGACGUGGGGAGGAGAUAUGGAAAGGGUCAGUGGGACAAAUCAGCAAAAAUUGUGAGUGGACAUUUGUUAUUGAUGGUGGUGGUAGUUGUGGCAGUAUCGGCAACGACUGUUGUGAUUCUGAUACCUGCAAUGGAGAUUCGACGGAAAAGUGGAGUUCAUGAGGACACGGAGGAAAACUUGCUUGUGUUGACGACGACUUCGGUAGUAACCACUGUGAUGAUAUAUAGGAUGUGUGCAGGUAAUUUCCAGUGUGGUGUGAUUGGGGAAUAUGUCGGAGUUGGUGUAGGAUAUGAUGGAAAACUUUGGGACUCAUGUGGGAGGGGUUGGGGUUGUAGCUGCGCAACCAUAUUGGAUAGAGCAUUAAUGACAGUUGAGAGGAUAGCAUUCUCCCACUCUCCUGAAAAACUAUAUGAUGAACUGGAAGUUACGUUGAAGAAUCUUUUGUCAAUGGGAAGGACCCAGGAACUUGUUGAAGGAAUUAUCAACAGCCUAGUUGCACGUUUGAUUAGGCAAAUGUGCACGUCCUUGUCAGAAAAUGGGUCUCAACACACUGGAACCAAUGCUCAGUUUUGUAUUCAGCAUUUGAUCCGUAAACUUGGAAGUGAGCCGUAUAUUGGGCAGCGGGCAAUACUUUCAGUGUGUCAAAGAAUUUUGGUGCUAGCAGAACGUUUGCUUUUCUCUGAUCCUUUUGAUGAUGGCUUUCCCAAAAUGCAUGAAUGUAUAUUCAUAAUGAUUCAGCUUAUCGAGUUUUUGGUUGCGGAUUACUUAUUGGAGUGGUCAAAAGCUGAAGAUUUUGACAACGUGCUCCUUGAAGAUUGGGUGACAUCAAUUGUGCAGGCAAGAAAAGCAUUAGAACUUCUGGAAAGCAGAAGUGGACUAUAUGCGCUCUAUAUGGACCGAGUCACAGGUGAAUUGGCAAAACAACUUGGUGGUAUUUCUGUUCAGCAUCCUCGCCUAUUCACUUCUGGAAACACAUGCACGGAAUAUUCUGAAAAUUUUAAGACCUCCAAGCCACAAGGAUUCCAAAGAAAAUUUCAAGAAUUCGACUACUCCCAACAAACAAGAAUUUCUCAACUAGCAAAGGCCACAUAUAGAGGACCAACCAACCUAAGGCCACGCAAUGUCAGGUAA